CAACAUGGAGGACAUCGGUAAAAGCGAGAGCGUUCGUCAACGAUAUAAGCCACUAAAAGAAGAUUGGGAUCCCGAUUUGCCGUACGGGGGACGUGUAUACCUAGCACGAAGAAAGAAACCCGACGCUUUAUGGAUACAAGUGUUGCAAGUGGCAGUUAUUCUCUCUGUUGUGCUCAUGAGCUACUACUCAUAUUACCACUUUGACAAGGUGCAUUUCCAUGUCACGAAGAUGUAUGCUCAUCUUGGCACCCCACAGGCUCAACAUCUGACUGGUCAGCGAUACUUGCAAGGGAAGGGUGUGGAGCAGAGCCAUGCUGAUGCAGUACACUGGUUCAGGAAAGCUGCGGAUCAAGGUCAUGCUCACGCCUCGUAUAAUCUGGCUGUCGCCCAUCUCAAAGGUCAUACCGAUCUGAACACUGGAGAAGUUCGGAAACUCAUUGAGCAUGCAUCGAAUAAUGGUAUUGAUGAAGCUGGCCAGGUCCUGAGAGAGGUCUGCGACAAGGGAGGCUGUGACUAGGCAUGCCCGUACUGCAUGCCUGUCUCUCUUUUAACUUCAUACCACACACUGAACACAUCCACAUGUAGGGACAGUGAUUUUCCGUUUCAAAAAAUUGCCUUUUCCGUUUGGGAAAAUCAUUAA